GUCCUUUCACUGAAUAUAUAUAUUUUUUGGAACAAAAGUUUUGCCAAUGCAAAUCAAAAUUCAACGUAUUAUUUGUUUUCGUUGUUGUAACAGUAUUGUAUAUAUAAUAAUACAUCUUGCAGGCAGCAUAUCUUGUUUCUGUUUGGUUUCCCACAGGUUUCACAGAUAUCUGACAAAGCUCUAUGAUACCGUUAUGACAGCUUUGUUUCAUUUUCAGAUAAUAAAGGUUAACAUUUUACAAUGACUUGGGAGGGUUCCACCAAUCAGACGUGGCUGUAGUUUCAUGAAGUCUUCUGAUUGGUUGAUCUUCAAAGAAUUAGAGGUCAACUCGUGUAGAAGUCGGGCACAUGAGUGCGGCCAAGAAGACAGGGGCUGCUGCUCCCGGGACGGAGCUGUGUCCAUUUUGUGGAAAGCCGUUCAAGAGGCUCAAGUCCCACUUACCUCACUGCAAAAUGGCGGCAGUUGCCAGGGUAACAGCAGGCUCCAAUGGGGUACCACAAGCAGCUGCUAAAAAGAAAGAAAAAGACAGUAAAUUAAAUCUCAAAGAGCCUUCAACCAUUCUGAAAAGCAAGAAAGCAAAAACGCAGGACAUCUCCAAUCUCCAGAAUUCAGAAAUUCCAGCCCCUAAAGGAAAUACAGAGAUUACCGAGGCAGGGGAUAAAGUCGGCAAAGCAGGGCUUCAGAAAAUGUGGAGUAAAGAGCUUAAAAAGCAACAUAGCAGGAAAGAGCAGACCAGUAUGAUAUCGUCACUCAAAGACAAGAAAACCAGCCCUGCAUUUCCUUCAGCACAAGGCAAUGUUCAAGCCACAGACAAAACACCUGCUAACACACCUUUAUUGAACCUCAACCAAACUGCUGUUGUAACAAAGGUGGAUAAGCAUGGCUUAGAACAAGUAAUGCAAAACCAGGCUGUUCCUAAACAUAGAAGCAAGCAAACCACGUCAAAACUCCAGGCUUUGGAGUUAGCACCCCUUCAGUGUUCAGAAUCCCCCAGUGCUGAUUCUGUAGCAUGGCAGAGUUUGGCAGAUCAAGCCAGAGUGCCUUCCGUUUCCCCUGGGAAGAGAGUGCUGGAAGUUAAAACAAGCGAAAGCAGAAGCAAAACCAGUGUUAGGGACCACACUAAGUACGCUUUGAUGGGCAACAAAAAUACUGCUGGAUUGUACCAACAGCAGAAUACAUGUAGGGGACAGAAUGUGUUACUGGAUCACAGUAGGGACAGCAAGCAGUUCACGAAAACCAACGUGUGGGAUCACAUCAGGGAGAACUUUUGCAGCAGGAAUUAUGAUCUUGUCUCCAGGAAGGGCAGCGCAGAGACCAGUGAAAGAGUCGUCCCAGUACUCUCCCAGUCCCUCAGCAAAGCAGCUGGCUCAGAUUUAACAGCCAGAGGCUUGGAGUGGCUCCCAGAGCUCCACCGUGGGUACCAGGGAAUCGGAUUCUCCAUGCUCCCAGUGAAACCCUCCCCCUGGCAUGUAGAGGAUAGGCCAUGCCUGCCUGAACAGGACAGAGGACAAGUUCAUCUUGCAGAGAGACGGCUGAUGGAGGUGAGGCUGGGGGAGCUGCCCGCCUGGCUGGGGUCUCGGGAGCUGCAGCUCACCACCGGACUGGCAGCGAUGCGCAGAGGCUGGCAGAGGUAUUACAGCAAGUAUAUAGAUGUGAAGAAGGGUGGGGCUGGUGGUGUGGCGAUGCUGCUGGCUGCAUACUGUGUGCUGAGCUACAGCUGGAACUACCAGCACCUCAAGCAGGAUCGCUGGAGGAAGUACCAUUGAGGGGCUGGCUGCCAGUCAGACUGAAAGCUCUGAAACAUAACGUCUGGAGCCAUCGCUGGAUUAGCGAAGAUUCUCUGCAAAAUGAGAUGCAUUCAA